GUAACACACAAGUUAAGUUACAGCAAUAAAUCCAAAUAGCCCAUUUUGGAUUCUACAAUAAUUGGGUUCACAUAAACAUUUUCCAAAGAAAAACAGAGAUGGAUGCUGAAAAGAAUUCUCCGACGCCGGCAACAUCACCGCCUGUGAUACACCCCGCGGUGGCACCGCUCUCCUUCCUUCUGGGCACUUGGAGGGGCCAAGGAGAAGGAGGCUUCCCCACUAUACAUUCCUUCUCCUAUGGCGAAGAGCUUUUCUUCUCCCAUUCCCCCAACAAGCCUGUGAUAGGGUACACUCAGAAGACAUGGAAACUCAGCUCUGGAGAGCCUAUGCACGGUGAGAGUGGAUACUGGCGUCCUAAACCUGAUGGCACCAUUGAAGUUGUGAUUGCUCAAAGCAAUGGUCUUGUGGAAGUUCAGAAAGGGACAUACAGCUUUGAAGAGAAUGUGAUACAACUUCAGAGUGAAAUGGUGGGGAAUGCUUCUAAGGUUAAAGAGAUAAGAAGAAGUUUUAAGGUAGUUGAUGGGGUUCUUUGUUAUGAGGUUCAGAUGGCUACCAACACAGUAAGUCUUCAACCACACUUGAAAGCAACACUGAAGAAGCUCUGAAGCAGUCACCACCUCUUGAAGAAGAAGCAACACUUGGCAUUGUGACCUCACCAAAUCUUUUUUAACAACAAUUUAGACUACCCUGGUAAUUCUCUGUUAACUAGCAAAAUCAGCUGUUCAAAACUCUUCUAUACAAGCUUUGCAAGGCCUCAACUUUGAACAAUCUGACAUGACUUAAUUUUAUUGGAAGCAGCUAAGCAGGAAAAAUGAGCUUAUCCUAAUGUACAUCAUACUUUAUGCUUGA